AUGCUCGACGACCGUCUGACCGUGCACCAACUGCCUCAAAUGGCAGGUUUCGACGAAUCUCGGUUGACAGUCGUCGUUGCGUUCGAUUUUGGAUACCAAAUUCACGACAAGGCGUGCUGGAGAUGGCUGGAAAAAUGGCUUCUUCUCGAUCCAAGCUCCAUCAACUUGACGCUGUUGCACAUCGAAACAGUGCGAGACCCCGCGAAACUCGAGCUCACGUCGUAUAGGUACAUCAGCCUGGAAGAUUCGUCUCGCUUUUUACCGUACGACGUUUGGCGUUCGUUGCGUCGGAACAAGUAUCCGCACCACGAAGUCGUUCUGCUGCAAACCAACAUUGGAAUCUCAAAAAGCAUUCUCGAUUACAUGAGAUACGACGCCCCGAGACACGCCAUGCUCGUGUUGGGAUCGCGGCAUCACACGCCGAGCAUUAUUCCUCGAUUCUUGAUGGGAUCUGUAAGCAGUGAUGUCACGGCGAAAAUUGAUUCUCAUCCUGUGUUGUUGAUACGCACGCGCUUGUUCAAAGACGUUUCCGAUUUGCGCGAGGACACCGUAGGAUCAGCGUAUCUCGGGUUGCGAGAAGAAGGCAAGGAGUUCGGCUGCGGUCGAUCGAUAUGCAUCGCAGUCGACGGCGCGCACGUCAAAUCGCUCGUACACUACGUCAUGAGAGAAAUAAUGCGAAAGACCGAUAUCGUGCAAAUCGUGCACUGCGCGGCUGACGAAAACGCCUCUACACUCGCUCGCGUCUCUGCAGAGCUGGAGGAGAUUCGCGAGGAGCUCAAGACGUUUUUAGACGAUGAAAAUCAACUCGACAGCGUACUACUCGAUUUCACCGGUGACAUACGAGAAAAAGUUUUAGAGCACGUGGACGAGCGCAUGUCUAGCAAGGCCAUUGAUUUACUCGUCAUCGGCAACCGAACACGACGAGCAGUUCUGUCGAGGAACAUCAUUGGCAGCACGGCGCAAUACAUUCUUCAAUACGCGCAUGUUCCUGUCCUUAUGGUUCCUGACGCGCUGAUUGAGUACAUGGAGGACGAUGCGAUGAGUACAGCUGCAUGA